GGGGGGGGUGGGGGAGGGGGCAGCCGCUGCACGUUCUGUGGGGUGUGGAGGAGGCAGGCGCUGGAGAGGGGGGCGAGGAUGCUGGAGCUGAUUGGAUCGCUACGGGUCACAACGCCGAUGACAUCGCCGAGACCGUGCUCAUGAACUUCCUGCGCGGGGACGUGGCGCGGCUGCGGCGCAUGGCGGCCGAGGCCACCGGCAUGGCCACCAACAUGGCUGCCGGGGCCACCAACAUGGCCGACAACAUGGCCACCAAGGACACCGACGUGGCCACUGACAUGGCCACCAACAUGGCUGCCGGGGCCACCAACGUGGUUGCCAACAUGGCCACCGACGUGGCCACCAAGGACACCAACAUGGCCAACGAGGUCAACAGCAUGGCCGCCAAUAUGGCCGCCAAGGACACCAACAUGGCUGCCACUAUGGCCACCAACAUGGCCACCAAGGACACCAAUAUGGCCGACGAGGCCACCAACAUGGCUGCCAACAUGGCCGCCAACAUGGCUACCCAGGACACCAACAUGGCCACCAAUAUGGCCGCCACUGAGGACACCAAUGUGGCCACCAAGGACACCAACAUGGCAACCAACAUGGCCGCUGAGGGUGCCAACAUGGCCGCCAAUAUGGCCACCACUGAGGACACAAACAUGGCCACCAAGGACACCAAUAUGGCUGCCGAGGCCACCAACAUGGCUACCAGGGACAUUGACAUGGCCACCAACAUGGCCGCCAACAUGGCCGCCAAGGCAGCCACCAACGUGGCCAGCAGGGGCACCAAUGUGGCCACCGUGGACACCAGAGACGCCAACAUGGCCGCCAAGGCCACCAGGAGCUGCCUGGGGGCCACCACGAGCUCCAUGGAGACCACCAGGAACCCGAUAGAUCCCCCCAAGAACCCCAUAGAUCCCCCCAAGAAGCCCAUGGAGACCACCAGGAACCCCAUGGAACCCAACAGGAGCCCCAUGGAGACCACCAGGAACUCCAUAGAACCCCCCAAGAAGCCCAUGGAGACCACCAGGAACCCCCCGGAUCCCCCCAAGAACCCAAUGGAACCCCCCAAGAAGCCCAUAGAACCCCCCAAGAAGACCAUGGAGACCAUGGAGACCAUGGAGACCACCAGGAACCCCAUAGAACCCAACAAGAACCCCAUGGAACCCAACAAGAACCCCAUAGAACCCCCCACGAAGCCCAUGGAGACCACCAGGAGCCCCAUGGAGAUCCACACAAACCCCAUGGAGACCACCAGGAACCCCAUAGAACCCAACAAGAACCCCAUAGAACCCCCCAAGAAGCCCAUGGAGACCACCAAGAACCCCAUGGAACCCCCCAAGAAGCCCAUGGACCCCAUGGAGACCACCAGGAACCCCAUAGAACCCAACAAGAACCCCAUAGAACCCCCCAAGAAGCCCAUGGAGACCACCAGGAACCCCAUCGAACCCCCCAAGAACCCCACAGAACCCCCCAAGAAGCCCAUAGAACCCCCCAAGAAGCCCAUGGACCCCAUGGAGACCACCAGGAACCCCAUGGAGAUCCAUACAAGCUCUAUGGAGACCACCAGGAACCCCAUGGAACCCAACAAGAACCCCAUAGAACCCAACAAGAACCCCAUGGAACCCCCCAAGAACCCCAUGGAGACCACCACAAACCCCAUAGAACCCAACAAGAAGCCCAUAGAACCCAACAAGAAGCCCAUGGAACCCAACAAGAAGCCCAUGGACCCCAUGGAGACCACCAGGAACCCCAUAGAACCCAACAGGAACCCCAUCGAACCCCCCAAAAACCCCAUCGAACCCCCCAAGAACCCCACAGAACCCCCCAAGAACCCCAUAGAACCCCCCAAGAAGCCCAUGGACCCCAUGGAGACCACCAGGAACUCCAUAGAACCCAACAAGAACCCCAUAGAACCCCCCAAGAAGCCCAUGGAGACCACCAGGAACCCCAUGGAGACCACCAGGAACCCCAUAGAACCCAACAAGAAGCCCAUCGAACCCAACAAGAACCCCAUAGAACCCCCCAAGAAGCCCAUGGACCCCAUGGAGACCACCAGGAACCCCAUAGAACCCAACAAGAACCCCAUGGACCCCAUGGAGACCACCAGGAACCCCAUAGAACCCAACAAGAAGCCCAUAGAACCCAACAAGAAGCCCAUGGAACCCAACAAGAACCCCAUGGAACCCCCCAAGAAGCCCAUGGAACCCCCCAAGAAGCCCAUGGAACCCAAUAGGAAGCCCAUGGAGACCACCAGGAACCCCAUAGAACCCAACAAGAAGCCCAUAGAACCCAACAAGAAGCCCAUGGAGACCAUGGAGACCACCAGGAACCCGAUAGAACCCAAUAGGAACCCCAUGGAGACCACCACAAACCUCAUGGAGACCAUCCGGAACCCCAUAGAACCCAACAGGAACCCCAUAGAACCCAACAGGAACCCCAUAGAACCCCCCAAGAAGCCCAUAGAACCCAACAAGAAGCCCAUGAAACCCCCCAAGAACCCCAUGGAACCCCCCAAGAAGCCCAUGGAGACCACCAGGAACCCCAUGGAUUCCCCCAAGAACCCCAUCGAACCCCCCAAGAACCCCAUCGAACCCCCCAAGAACCCCAUAGAACCCCCCACGAACCCCAUCGAACCCCACAAGAAGCCCACAGAACCCCCCAAGAACCCCAUAGAACCCCCCAAGAAGCCCAUGGACCCCAUGGAGACCACCAGGAACCCCAUAGAACCCCCCAAGAAGCCCAUGGAGACCACCAGGAACCCCAUGGAGACCACCAGGAACCCCAUAGAACCCCCCAAGAACCCCAUGGAGACCACCAGGAACCCCAUAGAACCCCCCAAGAAGCCCAUAGAACCCAACAAGAACCCCAUGGAGACCACCACGAACCCCACAGAUCUCCCUAAGAAGCCCAUGAAACCCCCCAAGAAGCCCAUGGAACCCAAUAGGAACCCCAUGGAGACCACCAGGAACCCCAUAGAACUCAACAGGAACCCCAUAGAACCCAACAAGAAGCCCAUGGAACCCAUGGAGACCACCAGGAACCCCAUAGAACCCAACAAGAACCCCAUAGAACCCAACAAGAACCCUACAGAACCCAACAAGAACCCCAUAGAACCCCCCAAGAAGCCCAUUGAACCCCCCACGAACCCCAUGGAACCCCCCAAGAACCCCAUAGAACUCAACAAGAAGCCCAUAGAACCCCCCAUGAACCCCAUAGAACCCCCCAAGAACCCCACAGAACCCCCCAAGAACCCCAUAGAACCCCCCAAGAAGCCCAUGGACCCCAUGGAGACCACCAGGAACCCCAUGGAGACCACCAGGAACCCCAUAGAACCCAACAAGAAGCCCAUAGAACCCCCCAAGAACCCCAUAGAACCCCCCACGAAGCCCAUGGAGACCACCACAAACCCCAUAGAACCCAACAAGAACCUCAUAGAACCCAACAAGAAGCCCAUGGAACCCAACAAGAAGCCCAUGGACCCCAUGGAGACCACCAGGAACCCCAUGGAGACCACCAGGAACCCGAUAGAACCCAACAAGAAGCCCAUGGAACCCCCCAAGAAGCCCAUGGACCCCAUGGAGACCACCAGGAACCCCAUAGAACCCAACAAGAACCCCAUAGAACCCCCCAAGAACCCCAUGGAACCCCCCAAGAAGCCCAUGGAGACCACCAGGAACCCCAUAGAACCCAAUAGGAACCCCAUGGAGACCACCACAAACCUCAUGGAGACCACCAGGAACUCCAUAGAACCCAACAAGAAGCCCAUAGAACCCCCCAAGAAGCCCAUAGAACCCAAUAGGAACCCCAUGGAGACCACCAUGAACCCCAUGGAGACCACCAGGAACCCCAUAGAACCCAACAAGAAGCCCAUAGAACCCAACAACAACCCCACAGAACCCAACAAGAACCCCAUCGAACCCCCCAAGAAGCCCAUAGAACCCCCCAAGAAGCCCAUAGAACCCCCCAAGAAGCCCAUGGAGACCACCAGGAACCCGAUAGAACCCAACAAGAAGCCCAUGGAGACCACCACGAACCCCACAGAUCCCCCCAAGAAGCCCAUGAAACCCCCCAAGAACCCCACAGAACCCCCCAAGAAGCCCACCGAACCCCCCAAGAAGCCCCUGAGGACCCCCAGGAAGCCCCCCCCGUCUCCGGUAGCCGCCCCGUGGCCCCCGGUGCCGCGGCUCAAGCCGCUCCGGCACGCCUACGAGAAGGAGAUCGUCCUGCUCGCCCACUACCUGGGGCUACGUUACUUCAGCACCGAGUGCGUCUACGCGCCCCACGCCUUCCGUGGCCACCCCAGGGGCCUCCUCAAGGACCUGGAGGCCACCCGGCCCAGCACGGUAGCCGCCCUGGGCCACUCGGGUCGCCGUUUGGCCAUCGGGGAAGCGGCGGGGCCGGCGGCGGCGCUGGGGGCUUGUAGCCGUUGCGGGUUCGCUAGUAGCCGGGGGUUGUGUAAGGCGUGCGUGUUGGUGGCCGCCGUGGAGAAGGGGAGGCCGAGGGUGGCGUUGGGCAAGAGGGAUGUGGAGGUGGCUACUUGGGGGGGGGAGGGGUGGGGGGGUUAUGGGGGUGGUGGUCACCAGGGUGGUGGCCAAGGGGUUGGUGGCCACCGGGAUGAUGGUCAAGGGGUUGGUGGCCACUGGGAUGGUGGUCAUGGGGUUGGUGGCCAUGGGACUUGUUGUCAUGGGGUUGGUGGCCACCAAGAUGAUGGUCAAGGGGUUGGUGGCCACCAGGAUGGUGGUCAAGGGGUUGGUGGCCACCAGGAUGGUGGUCAUGGGGUUGGUGGCCAUGGGACUUGUUGUCAUGGGGUUGGUGGCCACCAGGAUGGUGGUCAUGGGCUUGGUGGCCAUGGGACUUGUUGUCAUGGGAGUGGUGGCCACCAAGGUGGUGGUCAUGGGGUUGGUGGCCAAGGGGUUGGUGGCCACCAAGAUGAUGGUCAUGGGGUUGGUGGCCAUGGGACUUGUUGUCAUGGGGUUGGUGGCCACCAGGAUGGUGGUCAUGGGGUUGGUGGCCACUGGGAUGGGGUCCAUGGGGUUGAUAGUCAUGGGGUUGGUGGCCAAGGGGUUGGUGGCCACCGGGAUGAUGGUCAUGGAGUUGGUGGCCAUGGGACUUGUUGUCAUGGGAGUGGUGGCCACCAAGGUGGUGGUCAUGGGGUUGGUGGCCAAGGGGUUGGUGGCCACCGGGAUGAUGGUCAUGGGAGUGGUGGCCACCAGGAUGGUGGUCAUGGAGUUGGUGGCCACCAGGAUGGUGGUCAUGGAGUUGGUGGCCAUGGAACUUGUUGUCAUGGGCUUGGUGGCCACCAAGGUGGUGGUCAAGGGGUUGGUGGUCAUGGGCUUGGUGGUCAUAGGCUUGGUGGCCACCGGGAUGAUGGUCAUGGGGUUGGUGGCCAAGGGGUUGGUGGCCACCAGGAUGGUGGUCAUGGAGUUGGUGGCCAUGGGACUUGUUGUUAUGGGAGUGGUGGCCACCAGGAUGGUAGUCAUGGGCUUGGUGGCCACCAGGAUGGUGGUCAUGGAGUUGGUGGCCAUGGGACUUGUCAUGGAGUUGGUGGCCAUGGGACUUGUUGUUAUGGGAGUGGUGGCCACCAAGGUGGUGGUCAUGGGGUUGGUGGCCACCAAGAUGGUGGUCAUGGAGUUGGUGGCCAUGGGACUUGUUGUCAUGGGCCCAGUGGCCAUGGGGCUGGUGGCCAUGGGACUGGUGGCCACCAGGAUGAUGGUCACGGGCCCAGUGGCCAUGGGACUUGUUGCCAUGGGGCUGGUGACCAUGGGACUUGUUGCCAUGGGCCCGGUGGCCAUGGGGCUGGUGACCAUGGGGCUGGUGGCCAUGGGGCUGGUGGCCACGGGGCUGGUGACCAUGGGGCUGGUGACCAUGGGACUUGUUGCCAUGGGCCCGGUGGCCAUGGGCCCGGUGGCCAUGGGACUUGUUGCCAUGGGACUUGUUGCCAUGGGCCCGGUGGCCAUGGGCCCAGUGGCCAUGGGGCUGGUGGCCGUGGGGCUGGUGGCCACCAGGAUGAUGGUCAUGGAGUUGGUGGCCACGGGGCUUGUUGCCAUGGGACUUGUUGCCAUGGGGUCAGUGGCCAUGGGCCCGGUGGCCAUGGGGCUGGUGACCCUGGGCCUGGUGGCCAUGGGGCUGGUGGCCAUGGGCCUGGUGACCAUGGGGCUUGUUGCCAUGGGCCCGGUGGCCAUGGGGCUGGUGGCCAUGGGGCUGGUGGCCACCAGGAUGAUGGUCACGGGGUCGGUGGCCAUGGGGCUGGUGGCCAUGGGGCUGGUGGCCAUGGGACUUGUUGCCAUGGGACUUGUUGCCAUGGGCCCGGUGGCCAUGGGGCUGGUGGCCAUUGGGCUGGUGGCCCCGUGGCCAGCGGGUGGGGGCGGGGGGAGGGGCGGCCGGUGGAGGUGGAGCUGGUGGUGGGGGAGGGGCGGUCGGUGCGGCGGCGCUUCCUGGGGGUGGGGCAGGUGCGGGGGGCGCUCAACGUCUGGGACUUCUAGGGGGGGGUCACUGGGGUCAUUUGGGGUCAUUGGGGGGUCACUGGGGUCAUUGGGGGGUCACUGGGGUCAUUAGGGGGUCCCUAAUGUAAUUGGGGGGUCCCUGGGUUAAUUGGGGGUCCCUAAGGUAAUUAAGAGGCCCUGGGUUAAUUGGGGGGUCCCUAAGUUAAUUGGGGGUCUCUAAUGUAAUUGGGGGCUCCCUGGGUUAAUUGUGGGUCCCUAAUGUAAUUAGGGGGUCCCUGGGUUAAUUGGGGUCCCUAAGUUAAUUAGGAGGCCCUGCAUUAAUUGGGGGUCCCUAAGGUAAUUAGGGGGUCGCUGGGUUAAUUGGGGGAUCCCUAAGUUAAUUAGGAGGCCCUGGGAUAAUUGGGGGGUCCCUAAUGUAAUUGGGGGGUCCCUGGGUUAAUUGGGGUCCCUAAGGUAAUUAAGAGGCCCUGGGUUAAUUGGGGGGUCCCUGGGUUAAUUGGGGGGUCCCUAAGUUAAUAAGGGGGUCCCUGGGUUAAUUGGGGGGUCCCUGGGUUAAUUGGGUGUCCCUAAGGUAAUUAGGGGGUCUCUAAGUUAAUUAGGGGGCCUUAAGUUAAUUAGGGGGUCCCUGGGUUAAUUAGGGGGUCCCUGGGUUAAUUGGGUGUCCCUAAGGUAAUUAGGGGGUCCCUAAGUUAAUUAGGGGCUCCUAAGUUAAUUGGGGGUCCCUGGGUUAAUUAGGGGGACCCUGGGUUAAUUGGGAUCCCUGGCGCUGGUUGGGGGGCAGUAGGACCCUGGGGAGCUGUGGGCGGGGCUUUGGGCUUGUGGGCGUGGUCAGAGGAGGGGCGGUGGUUACGCCCUGUGACGUUCCCGCGCGAUAUGCAAAUGAGUUGCGGUUGGGGGCGUGGCCGUGCAAAUGAGCGCACGUGCAAAUAAACCUGUGUGAGGUGUUUAUGCAAA